UUGUGAACACGAAAAUGGACCUACUACGGUUCCUCAGUACGGCACUGGUACUGCUCUCAAUCGUCACCUAUCUGAUCUACCGAUGGAGUACGGCAGCAUUCAACUACUUCAAACAGCGAAACAUUCCGUUCAUUGAACCGAUUCCCCUGCUUGGCGGAUUGUGGCCAUUUUUCUCCGGAAAGCUGCACCUUGCCGAUGCGGUUUCGCAAGGAUACUACACGUUUCCCGGUUCAAGAUUUUCAGGACUAUUCACCUUUCACCUACCAGCCUACUUGAUUCACGAUCCGGCGCUGGUGAAGCAGAUCACCAUCAAAGAUUUCGAUCACUUUAGCGAUCGGGCCAAUGAUAUUACACCGGAGGUGGAUCCACUUUUGGGACGGGCUUUGGUUUUUUCGAACGGUCCCCGUUGGAAGCAUGGCAGGAUGGCUCUCAGUCCGGCAUUCACUGGCAGCAAAACCAGAAACAUGUUUAUUCUGCUGUCGAAUUACGCAGAUGCUGCGAUGCAACGGCUUGUGAGGGAUGCCAAAGGAGGGAAGCUCGAACGGGAGAUGAAAGACUUGUUUCAAAGAUUGGGUAACGAUGUGAUGACUUCGAUCUCUUUCGGCGUGGAAAUAGAUUCGGUUCACGAUCCAGAAAAUGAAUUUUUCUUGAGAGGCAAAUGUUUGAGUUCAACCAGCGGGAUCCAGGGUUUCAAAGUUUUUAUAAUGACCUUGUUUCCGCCAAAGUUUCUGGCUCUUCUGGGUAUUCAAAUAAUGCCUCGCGAUGUGACGAACUUCUACGAAAGAAUAAUUUCCAGUUCGAUUGAGCACCGUGAAAAGAAUCAUAUUAUUCGGCCGGAUCUCAUCCACCUGCUGAUGUUGGCUCGAAAAAAUGAACUGGGAGCGGAAACCACGGAUGAAAAAUUUAGCAGCGCGGGGUAUUCCACUGUCGAAGAACACUACCAGACCGCUGAAAAAGGUCACAUUAAAUGGACUGAUAUGGAUAUUACUGCUGCCGCAGCCUCUUUUUUCUUCGGGGGAAUAGAAAGCACCACCACUUUGCUUUGUUUUGCUGUCUACGAGUUGUCCCUGAACAAAAAUGUUCAGGAAAAAUUACGAGCAGAAAUAGAUUUGGUUCGAGCAGAGCUAGGUAAUCAAAAACUUACCUACGAAUCGAUACAAAAGAUGAGGUACCUUGACAUGGUGGUAACUGAGACCCUACGAAAAUGGCCACCGUUCGGAGCCUUAAAUCGCAAAUGCACCAAAGCUUACGCCAUGGAAAAUGCCGACGGAACGAAAGUCACCGUCGAGGAGGGACAAGUAGUAACUUUUUCAAUCCAAGCAAUUCAACGGGACGCACGAUACUAUCCAGACCCGCUGCGCUUUAAUCCGGAACGGUUCUCGGAGGAAAAUCGUUCCAAACUCAAUCCGAGUGCUUUCCUGCCCUUCGGUAGUGGACCGAGAAACUGUAUCGGAUCCCGGUUGGCGCUAAUGCAUGCCAAGUGCUUCCUGUACUAUUUGCUGGCCUACUUCGUUGUGGAAAUUUCCCCACGGACUGACGUUCCGAUGCAGCUCGAUAAACGUUCGAUUGGGAUGAAUGCGAAGAAUGGGUUCUGGUUUGAGUUGGUCCCGCGAGAAAAGUAGACUGUUUUUGUUAUGUAUUGGUAGUUCGUAAUAUGUGAACAGAGAUUGUUUAUUAUA